CAACUGCGAUUGGUCCAUUUCAUAUGGCUUAAGGCUUACUGCACCUAUCGUGUUUCGGGACUUAUACGAUGUAUUGUAGAACGGGUAGAAGGCCCAUUAUUUACAGUUCAUACUUCUUUCGUACUUUUUUGUCAACCACGUGAGUGAGUCUCUUACUAAGAUUAGAUAAAAAUAGACUAUUAAAUGAAGAUAUAAAAUGGAUUUGCUAUACAGUGAUAACAACAAUGAGAUAUAUAAUGGUAAUUUUAAUGGCAAUGAGACAUAUGAUGAUAAUUGUAAUGACACUGAGAUGUAUGAAAAUGAAAAUGAAAAUGAUCAAGUACAUGAACAUCAAGUGGAAAGUGGAAAGUGUUAUAAAACAGGGCCGAUUUACAACGCCGAUGAAAUUCUCAUAGAGUUAAUAAAAAAUCAACCGCAUUUAUAUGACCAAUCUUUAAAAGAAUUUAAAGACGCACAAUUAAAGGAAAAUUCGUGGCAUGGAAUUUCUGAAAUAAUGAGCCAGACAGUUACAGCUUGUCAAAAUAGAUGGGUACGGUUACGUGAUCGGUUUACAAAAGAGAAACGUCUACGCGAGGCAGAAACACAAAGUGGUAGUGAAGCCUCUCACAGAUCUGGAUUCCCAUUAUAUAACAAUCUGUUGUUUUUAGAAAAUCAUAUUAAACGAAGAAAGUCAUAUCAUUUAAAUUCUAAUCCACGUGUAAAAAGACAAUUAAUUGAUACGUCAAAUACUUGUUCUUCUAAUUUUAACAUAGUUACCAGUAAUGCUUCUUCAUCGAAUCAAGCAAGUAUUAGUUCAACUAACUCUUUUCUGAAUUUGUUCUCCUCAGUUUCAUUCGAGUAUUCAAAGGAAAGUGAUACACAACAAACUGAAAAUAUUCAAGAAAAUUGUACACAUUACACUGAAAAUAUCGAGGAAAGUAAUAUAAUACAUCAAACUGAAAAUAUUGAGGAAACUACUACACAUCAAACUGAAAAUGUUCAGGAAAGUAAUACACAUCAAAUUGCAAAUAUUCAGGAUAAUAAUAUACAACAAACUGAAAAUGUAAUAGAAUUGCACACAUCAUCACAUUUGUGUUCUUCACGCAAUUUUUCUGACAUGAAUGAAAUAAUAGUAACAAAUUCAAAAGAUUUAACAUCAAGAGAUUCAGCAUCCAGAAAUUCAGUACCAAGUGAUUCUACAUCGAGAGAAUCAGUAUGCUUAAGAGAUUCUACACAGUCUCCUAUACUACGAGCAUUACCAACUGAUGAAAAAUCUGCUCGUUUAAUCAAAAUGAAAGAAACAGUUCAUGGUAUUAAUACAUUAUUAAAUAAUAUGUUUGAGUUUUUAUCUUUAAAUGACAGUGAGAAGCAUAUGACUAAUCAACUGUCUCAACAAAUUGCUUCAAUUUUUGAUCAAUUAACACCCGAUGAUACAAUUUUUGGUCUGAUGGUAGCUUCGGAAUUAAAAAAAAUACCCGAACUUGAAAAGACAAAAAUAAAACAAGCGAUUAUGUCUCUUUUCUGGAAAAACCACUAGUACAUUAAUAGUAAUAGUAGUAGUUUAUUGAUCCCCUUGAGGUUACAGGUUUACAUUUCCAAUUCUCUUAUAUCUGAAAAUUGACCAAUCAUUGUCACUAGUACAGUAAUUUUGUUUCAGAAAAUUUAUAUCUUUA